CAGUUUUAUUCAGCAGUGAACGGCGGUCCAUCAUGAGUCCAUGUUUCUACCCCUUAUUGAGAGUCUCAAUAGCCUCAAUAAGGUACCCGUACUCAAAAGACACCAUGAAGGAAAUAAAAGUCCACAUAAAUCGUACUCUGUGCUCUAUCUUUCCGUCUUCGUUUUCAGAUAUCCUCUUCUAUGAUCGCAGACCGUCUAAUUCCCACGUCAGACCUUCUUUCGCCCUGUUCAUCUCCUGUUGGCAGGAAGAAUCCCAGCUUAACCAGUCGUUGAUGGCCCAAUCCUAAUACGAUCAAUCAGCACACGGUCGUUUCCCUCAACAUCUCGAAUCCUUCACUAUGGACCACCCUGAGUUUCUCCCUCGUUCUCAUCAGAACCUUACUAUCGAGCCCCUCUAUCCUGCGGCUGUCCUGAUUGCAAUCUUCUCCUUCAUGGCCGUCGUCCUUGACAUUGCCCCCUUCUACUGGCAUCUCAAGCAUCGGAACACCGGAGCAUACUGUCUCAUCAUGUGGUUCAUCGUGCUGAAUAUCUUCAACGUGAUAAAUGCUAUGGUCUGGCCUCGAGACAACAUCGCAGACUGGUGGAGUGGCGUUGGGUUGUGCGAUGUGGAAAUUCGCGUGAUCACGGGAAGUGGAGUGGGCAUUCCCUGUUCACUCAUCAUUAUCCUGAGCGCCCUCGCUAGAGUGCUCGAUACUGAUAACACGGUGGUUGUCCCAUCUCGAAAAGACCGUAUCCGACGGAUAGUGAAGGAGCUACUUCUCUGCUUUGGCGUGCCGGUUCUGCAUAUCGUUCUCUCCUAUGUUGUUCAAGCGAAUAGGUUCUACGUCUUCGGAAUCGCUGGGUGCUACUUCUCCCAUGAUUGGUCAUGGCUGGCCAUCGUUUUAGUAACGUCGUGGCCCAUUAUUGCGACGCUAGUGGCCUCAUACUAUGCAGUGUUGGUGAUUUACCGUAUUUAUCGGUAUCGGCAAGGAUUCGCCAGCGUCCUUCGAGCAGCCGAGACGUCCAAAUCGCGAUUCAUCCGUCUUUAUUUGAUGGCUGGCGUCUGCAUCCUGGUUGUUCUUCCAAUCUACACCUACCUUCUCGUCUUCUACCUCACCAUGGGCGUUAGUCCAUACUCCUGGGAACGAGCUCACGAAGACAUCACCAGAAUCCACAUGGUGCCGAGCCAGGGAACAAUCCCAGUCGACCGCUAUGCUCAACUUGUGGGCGGCUACCUGACGUUCUUCAUCUUCGGACUUGGGCAGGAUGCCGUGCAGCUUUAUAGCUCAUGGUACCACAAAUCUGGACUGGAUAGAGUGGUACCCGACAUGCGGCGGCUGAAAAGCAUCACGUCAUCUCUUCGCACCAGGUCGUCGUUCAGCAGCAUGGCAAAGUCUGUCAGCAGGAAGUUUAGCACACAGGGAGAUAUCCAUGUCACAUGUUCUUGGUCAGUUACUGAAACCACACAACCUGCGGGUUCUCCGGAGCAUCCUCGAGCGCAAACCGGCGGCGACAAGUUCCAUUGGUCAUUUGAUGAGGAGAUGGGAGGAAACUAUAAUGUCGGGAGCAUGCGCUGGACGAACGCGUUCCAGUUCUUUAGUCGAUUCAGGAAUCGAUCGUCGGGGGCUGGCGGACCAACUCCGCCACCGAAGGAAGUCCCGCGACUUGAUAUCCAGCGUUUCUCUCAAGACGCGGCCUGUGAGACGGAUCUUUCUCCGAUGACGAAGGAGGCUGCGAAUGCGCACCUCUGAUAACACACAGGCUUGGCUGGGGAGGGAAACAGAAGGUGCAAUGCAGAUAAUUUGAUUCGAGCUUAUUU